GUGUCCUUUUAUUUUUUCACAGUGAAUCAAUGAAGGAAUUAGUUAUGUUGCUAUAUGAAGUUAAAGAUGAAGCGAAAAACAUUGAUUCUAUCUAUACUCCAAAGUUAUACUACACUUCAAGGGGGAUAUGUGAAUUAUAUUGCUCGGUUGUACCUAUCUGCCAUAAAGAAGAAAUAGCUAAUAUUCCUCAACAAACUGCCAUUUUUCAUAACAAUUGCAUGUACCUGGCUCAUAAUUUAAGUUUAUUGGGUUCCCUUUAUGAGAACGACUUGCAACAAAACAUUCAACUCACUUAUAUUGAUAUCAUACCGGAAAUAAGAAAAUUGGGAGCUGAAGCAUUUUUGACACAGAUGAGACAACAGAAGCAGCAACUUCUGCAGCUACUGCAAGAACAAGGUACAUAUGCAAUGCAAUUUAUAUUAUAUUGGAUACUAAACUUUUAAGACUAAAACCAUUUC